UCCUGAAGGACAUGGUCAUUGACUUGCUUUAUUAGGGACACGUUAAUGAUGCGAGACCGCUGCCUGCCGUAGUGUGUGUGAUCAGCGGGGCAGAGACAGAUUACCUCACAGAUCGGAGAGAGAGAGAGUGAGUGAGAGAGAGAGAGAGAAAGAGAGAGAGAGAGAGAGACAGAGAGAGAGAGACAUGCCAGCGAGGAUGUCCGACUGAGACCAGCGCUGCUUGCCUGCCGGAGAGAGCUGUCACCCCGGUUCUCCUUAACCCACUGUUUUCUGUUUUCUCGCUGUGCUCCUCAGAGACUCGAGCACCUCUCGGAUGGUGGACUGAACAGCUGAAUGUCAGCUGCUUGUGGAGCAUGGGUACAACUGCCAGUGCCGCACCACAGCCUGUUUCCGUAGCGUCGCCGCUUGAGAGUGUCCAUGGCAACGGGAUGGCCGACAGCAGGCAGUCUCUUAGCAUGAGCCCCUUUCAGACAGUCAACAUCCACAACAACAAGGCCAAGUCCAUUAUCACCAACAAAGUCGCACCUGUCGUCAUCACGUAUAAUUGCAGACAGGAAUUUCAGAUUCACGAUGAAAUCCUCAAGACCAACUACAAGCUCGGUCGGAUAUCAGACACUAUGCCCGAGCACUACCUGGUGCAGGGGGAGUACUUCAUGGUCCAGGACGUGUACAGUAAGGCUGAUGUCCUGAACACCACGGGCAGCUACGGGGCGCCCAACUUCCGCCAAGUGAAGGGAUCCUACCCGCUGUUUGGGAUGGGCCAGCCGAGCCUGAACGGCUUCAAACAGGUUCUCCAGAGGCUCCAGGCGCAAGGACGCGAGGAGGUUAUAUUCUUCUGUGUAAGAGAGGAGCCGGUGGUUUUCCUGCACAAGGAUGACGACUUUGUGCCGUACACCCCCAGGAGGAAGGAAAACCUACACGAGAACCUCCACGGCCUGGAAAAGGAGAUGCUGGUGGAGAGCCUGGAGCUCACCAUCAGGAAGGAGCUCCACGACUUCGCCAAGCUCAACGAAAACAUCUUCUACGUCUACAACGACAUCGAGUACUUUAAAGACGAGCCACAGAAGAUGUCCAUCACGUGUGAGGAGGACAUCCAUGUGACUGAGGAGGUCUAUAAGAGGCCCAUGUUCACCAUGCCAACCUACAGGUACUACAGAUUACCAUUACCAAUGGAGGGAGCACCACUGGAAGAAGACUUUGACGCAUUUGUUAGCAUACUCAGGGAGAGCCCCAGCUUGUCUCUGGGCCAUGAUGCUUCCCGGCCGCUGCCUGCGCUGCUCUUCAGCUGCCAGGUGGGCGUCGGCCGCACCAACCUAGCCAUGAUCCUGGGCACGCUGGUCAUGAAUCGCCUGAGGGGAGAUUCACAAACGCCGUCUCAAGUCGAGGAGGCAGCAGCUUCACAGACCAAACCACUUUUCCAGGUCAUCCAGUCUCUGAUCAACAAGCUGCCUAAUGGACAGCAGGUCAUGGAAGAGGUUGACCGAGCCAUCGCCCUGUGUUCAGAAAUGCACAACAUAAAAGAAGCAAUAUAUGAGAACAAGAGUAAGCUGGAAGGGAUUGGUGAAGAUUAUCAAAUCCAGGGAAGCAGUACCAAAGACUACUUUCUCAACAGAACCAUGCAGAGCUUGGAGCGCUACUUCUACUUGAUUGUAUUUAAUGCAUACCUUCAUGAACAGUAUCCUCUUGCCUUUGUGUCCAACUUCAGCCAGUGGAUGUGCUGCCACGCGUGGCUGUACCGUCUGCUGGCCUGCAUGGACCUAUCAGAGCUGUCAGCCCCAGCCGAGCUGGUCACCAGGGGAGCCCGCAUCCUGGUUGCUGAUGAGUACUUGGCUCCUGACGUGCUCAGCACAGUGAAGGAGAUGAAAGCGGUCAACUUCAGACGAGUGCCCAAGAUGCCUGUUUAUGGAGUGGCUCAGCCAACAUCAGAGGGUGCCGGAGUAGUUUUGGCCCAUCUGACGGAUGAGAAGAGGAAGCACAGCCACGUGUUGUGGGUAAACUUGCAGAACGAGCUGGUGUUAGAAGGAAAUGGUCAGAUUUUUACACAGAGGGAGCCCUCGUGCCUGGACCAGCACAUUCCUGUCCCAUCAUCUGACCCGCAGCUAAUAGAGAAACUGGAGAAGUCUCUGACGGAAGUGAUCCUGCAAGCUCAGAAGUGGCUGGAGGUGACGCUGGAGCAGGAGAAGCAGAUGAAAAUGUUUAAAAGCUGCCUGACGGUGCAGGAGAUCUUCAACCAGCACAAAAGCUCCCACCAGGGCCUCGUCUACAAACGCAUCCCUCUGCCGGAAUGCAGCGCUCCAAGGGAGGAGGAUUUUGAUAAGCUGCUGGAGGCCAUGAAGAGCGCCUUGGCUGAGGACUCCCGCUCAGCCUUCGUUUUUAACUGCUCCAACGGCAAAGGCAGGACCACGACCGCCAUGGUCGUCGCUGUUUUGACUCUCUGGCACUUUAAUGGUUUCCCAGAGUUUGCAGAUGACGAGAUUGUAAGUGUUCCUGACGCCAAGUACACAAAAGGAGAAUUUGAGGUUGUGAUGCAGCUGGUCCGUCUGCUCCCCGACGGUCACAGGAUGAAGAGGGAGGUGGACAUGGCCCUGGACUCAGUCAGCGAGACCAUGACCCCCAUGCACUACCACCUAAGAGAGAUCAUCAUCUCCACAUACAGACAGAUCAAAAGUGGUAAGACAGAGAAGGAGUGUCAGCAGCUGCUGCUGAGGAGCCUGCAGUGCCUGGAACGCUACAUUUACCUCAUCCUCUUCAACACAUACCUGCAUCUUGAGAAGAAAGACUCCUGGCAGCGCUCCUUCACUCUCUGGAUGGAACAGGUGGCUGCCAGGGCCGGAGUUUAUGACAUCCUCAACCAGCUGGCCUUCUCCGAGUUUGAAAACCUGAGGGACACGCCGCUGGCCAGGCUGCGCUGCCGCUGGCAACAGCAAAACAUUCAGUCACUUCCUUUCCGAGGGGAGUUCGUUUGAGAGAGGAUCACUGUGAAUGCACCAAAACAGUAGUGCUUUUCAGAAUAAAAGACAUUUCCAGUAACAUUGUCAUGCCUUCUAUAUUUACCCAUGUAUUAUGCAUAUCUUCACUUCACUUAUUGUUUGCUUUUUUUUUUUUUAACAUUUUGUAGGUGUUUUAAUGUUAAGUCUUAGCAGAUGGUUGCUCAUAUACUAGAAUUGACAUUUGUGCUUUUGCCUGUUUUUUUGUACUGGUAGAUCAUAGAAUUGACUAAUAUUUAUGUUACUUUUUUUUUUUCAAAGCAAGUUUUAAAAAAAAAUGUUUUCUUUUCUUGAGUUCUCAUUUUUGAAGAUGACAGUCUUUCAAAACUUCUGUUGUUCAAAGACAAAAGUUAAACAUUGUUAUGGAGGAGAGAAGCAAAUUCCACUCUGUUGUUAGCCAACAAUUUUGGUCGUAUAUGUCACAACUGUUUGCUGUUGUGUGACCUGAUAUUUUUCUUGAGCCCUGUCCUUUUCUCCUCAGCACAGCUGUCAUCAGUGGCUGUGCAUUUGUCUGUCUUGAGGUUUUCGGUUUUUUGAGGGGAUUCCCUGUGUACAUAUGAAAGCUGUUGUUAUUUAAAUGGAAUGUGUCCUAAGGUUUUCUAAAAGCUGAUCAGGGUGGAUGUUUUUUGAGAACUGUUGGUCACUGCUUCUUCAACAGUACUCUGUCCCUUCGUUGUACCUGUUUCUUUUUACAUUUAUUUCCAUAUGUCGUGACACAGGUACUAACAGUGAAGCAUGUCAGGAAUUUUUUAUGUUAGUUUGAUUUUCACUUAAAAGCUGUAAACACGUCUUUGUAUUGGACUUUUCGGAGAUUGUCAAAAACCUGGCGCCUACGUUACCCACAAUGCAACCCGACCGCUGAUGGUUCAGCCGGGGAUUCAGAUGUACAGUAGUACUCCCCAUGACCUGUAAACAGACUUUGAUGUGUAAAGUUGGCGGAGUUCCCCUUUAAUCAGCUCGGCUCUCGCAGACUUCACGACCCCUGCCAGUAAACGGUAACAAUCUCUGUGACAUCACCAGUCCGUCAGUAGGAAUCAAAUUAUACGUCUGACGGUAAAAUGAAUGGUUGGAAAAAGCCAGGCAUGCAAAUACUUGGGUUCAAGAAAAACACUUGGUAUCAAUUGAUGAAUGAUAAAUAUACCCUCUAACAAAGGGUACAUGAAGACGAAUGCUGCAUGAUUCACUGUUCAGGACAAUAAAGUUAUAAUUGUGUUGUCAGACGAACAGGGCAACAGUCAGAACAUUGCUUUUAUUCAACACAUGUCGAUUAUUGUUUAUUAUGUUUUUGCGUGUCUACAUUUCAAGUAGUUCUACUGUACAGUAUUUCUUUAAAAAGUCUUAACCCCUUUUCUUGUUUGACUAUUUUGUUCUUCUUUAAAUUGCUCAUAUGUGUUUAGUUGUAAAGUAACUCGUAGCUUCAAGUGUGAUGUAAAAACCAUAAAUCCUGCCUUUUAACCAGAAAGAUAAGCCAGAAAAAAAAAGAAAAGAAAAAAAAACCUCAAAAAUGCUUCCUCCUGAUGCCUUUCACUCCGGCCUGUUUUAUUCUGCCAAUGCGUCCAAACAUUUGCACUGUAUAUAACUCAUCCAGACUGAUGGAGCAAAAAGAUUGUGAUGACUGAAAAUGAAAUGGAAUUUGAACUUGAGAGACUAUUACAAACCCAUCUUUGUGUGACUUGAUAACACAAGAACAUACAUCUGCUGGUUGUAAUAACACCUUAAUGUCUUAGCUAUGCUCUUAAUUUAAAUUUUUUUCCCUUCUUUUUUUAAACAAAGGAACUCUUCAUAGAAGCAAUGUAUUAUCUUUUAUUCACUGUAUGUGCCAUUUAUUUUCUUUUUGGGGGGCUAAAAUAAAUAAUUUCAAUACA